AUGGCAGAUGCACUAGAUACAAAACUUAAGUACAAACGAGGAACCUGCUUUAGUUGUCAAAAGUGUUUAUAUUGUGGAGUUGAUUUGCAAACACAAAAAUACAAAUAUGAUAUUACAAAACUACCCAUAGAGGCAAUCGAACCAAAGAUGUCAAAUAUGU